CUCCACUUGAGCAGUUGAGACCCCUCAUCUCUAUUCUCUAAUUUCUUUCACCACCAAAAAUCAAAUAAACCCACACAACCAAACACUGCCUAAGCCUUCUCCUUUUCCCCUUAUUAACGCAAAACCCAAAAUACCAGGAACAAUUCAAGAUUUUUUUUUUUUUCAGAGAGGAAAAAAAAAAGUUAUAUAAAGAUAGAAAGAGUAAGUCUUGAUGAAUCUUUAUUUCCCAACAAAAUUUCCCAGAAUUCUUCUGAAUUAACUCCUCCAACAAAAAUGGUGAAAAGUGAAGAUAUGGAUGUUUCAGAGAAGGAUGAUAAUAGAAACAACAAAGCCAAAGAAUUGAAGUUAGAAUUGCUAAACUUAGCAACGGAAAUCAGUAUAGAAGAUGAUAAUAAUAAUGAGAGUGAAAAUGGAGUAAUUUUAGGUAGAAUUGAUGAAGCAAUUCAAGCAUUAACUGCAUUGAAAGAGUUGAAGUUAAACAAGAAAAAUAAGCGCUCACUUUCUUCUACACUUGAUCAAUUACAUGUUCCUGAUGAAUAUCGUUGCCCGAUUUCUAAAGAAAUUAUGAAGGACCCUGUUGUUCUAUCUACUGGCCAGACUUAUGAUCGGCCAUUUAUUCAGAGAUGGUUAAAAGACGGCAAUCGAUUAUGUCCUCAGACCCAACAAGUGCUUACUCAUGUUGAGCUUACCCCUAACCAUUUAGUCCUAGAGCUGAUAAAACAAUGGUGCAAGGAUCACGGAACUGAACUCCCUCCUCCUCUUCAGGAUGUUCAUGAUGGAUUUGUGACUGAUGGUGAUCGGAAUCAGUUAAAUACACUCCUGGAGAAGAUGUCUUUAACUCUGUCUGAACUAAAGGAGGCUGCAAAAGAGAUUCGUACAUUGACAAGGCGAAUGCCAUCUUUUCGCUCCUUCUUUGGUGAGUCUCCCAAUGCUCUACCACAGUUGCUGGCCCCCCUCAAAGACUCAGUAAUCCUGGAAGAUCAUCCUGAUCUUCGGGAGGAUCUUGUAACAACUAUAUUGAAUCUGUCCAUACAUGACAAUAACAAGAAGCUUAUAGCGGACUAUCCACUUGUUAUCCCUUUUCUGAAUGAAUCCUUGAAAUGUGGGACCAUGGAAACAAAAACCAAUGCUGCUGCUGCCCUUUUCACAUUGUCAGCACUCGAUGAAAAUAAGCUUCUUAUUGGAGAAUCGGGUGCUUUGAAGUCUUUGAUUGACCUUCUGGAACAAGGGCAUCAAUCCGCCAUGAAAGAUGUGGCUUCAGCAAUCUUUAACCUGUGCAGAAAACGGGAGAACAGGGCUAAAGCUAUCCGUGAUGGAGCAGUCAAAGUGAUAUUACAAAAGAUCAAGGAGAAGACCCAUGUCUCUGAGCUGUUGGCUAUCCUCGCUCUUCUGUCAACCAAUCAUAAAGCAAUUGAUGAACUUGAGGACCUUGAGUCAGCCGGGUGCUUGCUAAGUAUCAUAAGAGAGAGUAAUUGUGAGCCUGACAGAGAAAAUUGCAUAGUGAUUCUGCAUGAUAUCUGUGGAUAUAGUCAUUUUACUCUGAAGGAUGUUCGAAAUGAGGAGAAAGACCACGGAACAAUCUCAAAGCUGGCAGAGAAUGGAACUUCAAGGGCAAAAAGGAAGGCUAAUAGUAUACUGGAUAAGUUGAAGUCGAACAGACGCAUGAACUACACUCAUACUGCUUGAAGACAUAAUUUUCCCUAGGAAGUUUUUGUACAUAUCGCUUCCUCGUCAGUCUCGGUCGUUGUAUACAAACCAAUUAGUUCUGUUACGUGUAAAGUCGAAUACGUCGAGUUCAUAAUGGGGGGUAAGUAAAUUUUGUUCCCAACUCUUAACUGUUUCUAGCAUUGUACAGUAGUCUACUACAAGUUUUGGUUUCCAUUUGUUCUGAAUAAGAAUGGCUUUUAUCUGUUGUGGUUUGA